UCGAGGAACUUUGUGCCUAACAGCAGAUUUGAAGUAAAUUAACUAAAAAUGGCCUUCAGACGCUGUCACCUAAACCCGAAAAAAACGCUUUUUCUGCUGUGCGAUAUUCAGGAAAAGUUUCGUCCCGGCAUGCCGCUCUUCGACAAUAUGAUUAAAAAUGUGGACAAGCUGACGAAGGCGGGAAAAGCUCUCGAUGUGCCAUUGCUUGUCACGGAACAUUAUCCAGAGAAACUGGGGAAAACUGUGGCCGAGCUGGACGUAAAUCAUGCCAAAUUCGUUAUUGAUAAAACCUACUUUAGCAUGAUGACGCCCCAGAUGAAGAGCGCUAUUAAAGAAAUCUUUGGCGAAAAACCACAGGAUGUAGUCCUGUACGGACUUGAGUCACACAUCUGCAUUGAACAAACUGCGAUCGAUCUGCGGGAACAGGACAUAAAUGUGUACAUUGUUGCCGAUUGCUGCUGCUCUCGCCUCAAACAGGAUCGUGACUUGGCUCUGGAACGCUUGCGCCAGGCGGGCUGUGUGAUAACAACCAGCGAAAGCGUCAUCUUCGAUCUGGUGCGUGAUAAGAACAAUCCUAAGUUUGAUAUGGUGCGCAAACUGGUAAAUUCACCCUCGCUAGACAUGGAGCUGGCACGCACCCCUGCCAAAUUGUAAAGACUGCAUUUUUUAUUUUUUAUUGCAUUUAAAGUAAAGUCUAAUUUCCUUUCAA